UGGCCGCCAAGAGAUCGGCUUCCAGGUUCCUACCAAGGAACAACGGCAUCAUGCGCCAACCACCAUGAACAACAUGUACCCCAGGCCCGUUAUGCACCCCAGAGUCUCCAGCCUUUUCCCAGCCACACUGUCUCUCUCCUUCUCUUCCCGUUGAGUCUUUCGCGCGCGGUUAGCCGGUGUUCGAGAGCUGUUGAGCAUAUGACGUCAUUUCAGAAAAUUUCCAAUUAUAGACAAGCAUGAAUGGUACUUCGAGCGCUACAUGCUUCUUCUCAUUUGGGCCAGACGACAGCUUCAUAUCGAAGAGUUACGAGGGCUUACGUUACAACGACCUUCCGCCUGCGCUUCUUGCCCUCAUUAAUGGUGGUAGUGUUCGGGACGUCCACUGGGCAUCCUUAGGCCCAAAUCCCGACUCAUGGCUUCUCUCGUUCAAAGACUCCUCCGCCACCCCCAACCUCGCCUGGGGCGCCUCAAUACCAACCCGCCUUCAGAAAGUAGUAUCUAAGCUCGCUCCUUCACAGCAUCUGCGGGUCUUCUUAGGUCCAGCGGAUUCAUACAUCGCCUGGGACGCCACGUUUAUUCGGUGGUCAAGCCUCCCCACAUCCCUAGAAGACACCCUCCAAUCCUGGCUCACGCCCUCCGGCUGGCGCGCCGGGCCCCCACGCAUGCUCACCUGGGGGCCAGACGAUGCCUUCUUCGCAAUGAGCGAGUACGGUGAUGUGGCAUACCGGCUCGGUGACAAGAGGACAGAUAGUUGGGAAAUCUGGAGAGAAACCGUUGAAGACUGGAAGGCUGAGCGUGGCUUUCGCUGGAACGAAGUCGCAUUCGUGGCGCUCGACCCCACGACACCAGACCAGUUCGUCGCGAUACGAAAUGACGGGACGUGGUCUGGUUCGAUAGCAGAUGAGAAUUCGAGCGCUUUGGAGAGCUUCGCGCAUAACUUCUUCCAGAGGGCGAGAGCGAAGGAGAAGGCGAACACAGAGCCUAGAGCAGGGGCUGGAACCAGCGGACACACGCACACAGCUGCGCAGACCGGCCGUCGAAUCGAGGAGCCGGACCACGCAACGAGAGCAGCGUACCAGACCUGGUGCACAAGCACAGCCCUGCUCUUCGCCUCCGCGCUCGCUGCUACAACACCAGCACCAGCACAAGCGCCAUCAUCCACGCCCACACCAACACCGACACCACCCCCAAAACGCGCGCCGAAGAAACUCCAAAUCCGCUCACAGUCCCAAUCCGCCGCAUCCGCCGACCCCAACACCUCGACCCCACUCCCUCGUUCCAAAUCCACCACGCCCUCGUCCCAGCCUACACCCUCGUCCCAGCCCACCUCCCCCCCAGCACCCCCCCUCCCCCGCGCCGCGCUCCUGACGUCCUUCCCAUACCUCCCCGCGUCCUCGACACUCUGCCCGCUCUCCCCGUGCCUCAGCCUCAAACGCGAGCCCUCAGGCCUGCGCGCCUGCAAGCACGACGUGGAGCGAUUUUUCCGUGCCAGCGGGUCCUACGGGUAUGAGUGGCUCAAGAAGGAGCGCUUGCGGUGGCAUCCCGACCGGUUUGGGCGGCUGUGCGACGAAGGGUACCGCGAGGCGGGGCGUAGAGUGAGCGAGGAGAUGUGGAAGGUUAUCGAUAUUCUGAUUGGGGAGUUGGAGGAGGAGUGGAAGAGGUGAGCUGGGUUGGAUUGGGGCGGAUGGUGCUGGUAGUGGAGCAGUCACAGUUAGCACCGGACAGGAGAGGAUGGAUUGGAGAGGACAAGUUGUUUGUGGUUAUGCGGUUGGUCGUGGUAUUUCUUUCUGCUAUUUACUGGCAAGAAUGGCUCUGGGUGCUGAAGACCUACCGAUUCAAACUCGCAAUAUUCGCGUCGCUGAACGCAAGCCAUAGAUACCUGAGCGUCUCGGCAGCCCAGAAGCUCUCAUGCAUGUCAAUCCACCUCCC